UCGUGUCUGACUCAUAGUGAAACACUAGGCAGUGGCCGUUGGAGUUGUAGUUCUUCUUUUCUCACACUGCCAUUUCUGUCGGGAGCCAACAAACUAAAAAGAAAAUUUUGGAUUGAGAAAGAACAAAUACGUCUUUGGAGGAGGAAGUGCUUGAAGACCCGGUUGAGGAACCGGCUCGGAGUACGGGUUCACAUCUAGUUGUUCUGCUGUUUCACAGGUGCUGGCUGUUUAUGUCUGACUGAAGCUUUACCUGGCUGCAUUGUGAACCAACAGAUGGAUACAAACAGCAGCAUGGAAUAUUCUGCUUCUUAAGGUGAUAUUUAUUAAUAAAUGGAAACAGAAGUGGAAUUCGUAGACAUAUGAAAAGGCGCUCUGAUCUAAUUCAUGAUGUUUCAAGAACCUACGUUCUCCGUGAGAGUGUAAUCGAGGGUUAGUACCAGAGAAGGUUGUCUACUGUCUGCGCAUCAUCGUCAUACCCUGUGAUGUAUGUGCAGUUCUGAUAGAGCCUUUGAUGCGUGCUUGGUCACCUUGAAGUCAUUGAAACCAACAAGACUCUGUUAUUUCUCCACACUGACAACCUCCUGAAUCUCAAAGCAGCGUUCCUUCCUAUAAGCGUUGAGAAAGUCUCUUUUACCCUGAUUCUGGAGAGCUGCUGGAGGCCUUUCUCUGAGAGUCAUGGCUGCUGCAGUCCAACAAACUGAGUUGGUAUUUGAAUUUGCUAGCAACGGAAUGGAUGACGCACAUCAGCUUGAAGACCCUUUGUCAUUCCCCGCUGUGAUCGUAGAACAAGUGCCAAACACGGAUUUGUUCUAUUCGAGCCUGGAUUGUGAUGAUGUUUCCACCAGAAUGAUGGAUGAUACGACUUUGGAUGUUGUCGAAGAACAAAUAAUAGAGGACAACAUUGGUCUUUCAGUGGAAGCUUCCUGUCAGGAUGGAGAUGAAACAAUGGAAACUAUAGAGGCUGCUGAAGCACUGCUUAACAUGGAAUCUCCAAAUGCCAUCUUGGAUGAAAAAAGAAUGUUUCAUGGAUUUGCACAUUCCCUGGAUGGAGAAAUCACUGGGACUGUUCCUGACAUGUCUGUCAUGUCAGAUAGGAGGGCAGAGGUAAUCAACAGGUCUUCCGCUCAUGUGACGCAUGAUGAAGAUGAUUCUGCGGAGGAGUCACCCAAAAAGAAUGCACUUAAACAAAGGAAAAAGAAAGGUCGUAAGAUGAAGCCGAGUCGGCCGUCUUCACCUGUCACAGUGCCACACCUUCCAAUUAAGAAGAAAAAUAAGGAUGGAAAAGGCAACACAAUUUAUCUCUGGGAGUUCCUGCUGGCUCUCCUUCAAGACAAGAACACUUGUCCAAAGUACAUUAAGUGGACUCAGAGGGAGAAGGGAAUUUUUAAACUAGUGGACUCGAAGGCUGUAUCCAAAUUGUGGGGCAAACACAAAAACAAACCUGAUAUGAACUAUGAAACAAUGGGCAGAGCUCUUAGGUAUUACUACCAACGAGGGAUCUUGGCAAAAGUGGAAGGUCAGCGGCUGGUGUAUCAGUUCAAAGAGAUGCCAAAGGAUCUGGUGGUCAUAGAUGAUGACUCAGCUGAGCACUCUACCUCGAAUUUGGUGACUUCGCCUAGCUAUGCAGCUACAUCGCCGACAAAAAGCAAAAGUGCCAUUGUCGGUGUCGCUCAGCUACAAAAUACAAACAAAAUGACAGCAGUGCCACAGAGCGUCCUGGUGCAGCACAUCAAACAAGAAAGCACUUCCUUACUGACUCAGCAAAGCCAGAAGGGAGUAGUACAGCAGGGUCCGUUUUUACAAACCAUGCAAGGGCUCCAGAGCAAUCAAGUUCUUCAGCACGGAUCCCCAGAAGUUUCAAAGGGUGCUUUAACCAUAGCAUCAUCUGGACACCCAAUGAGCAGGACAAUAAGUGUCCCAGCUCAGGUUCCUAUGGUGAUGACGUCUGGUGCACAUGCAGUCGGUACUCUAAUGUUGCAAACCAUACCCCUCACCACAGUGCUGUCUGGGACAGACACAUUGAACAACUCUCCUUCCAAAGUUAUUUUACGUGCCAUUCCAUGUUCGGAAGGCUCAAAGGAAACAAUCACACUUCAGGCCACCUUGUCACCUACAGGUGUAGAUGGUUCUGGCUUAUCCGAGAUCCAGCAAGCCCAAGUAAUUGCAACCAGUCUUUCGUUAACUGAUGGUGGAUUUCAGCCAGUGGUAAACAAUUGUGUACAGCCUUCAUCUGAUACCGUCACACAGCUAGUGACCAUCAAUAGCAACAGUCAGCCAAUGGUUGCCCACCGUCCGGGCAGCGUAAUUGCCACGGUGCUUAAACCACCGGAACCCAUUCUGGACACUCCCGAAUUCCAGGCUUCAAUCACAAGUGCAGAUGCCACCAGCCCUAGUGUCAAAAUGCCAGAAUUGGAAAAGGAGCUGGGACCUACUUCAGGUGACGAGCCUAACUACCAGCAUCUCCAAACUGUGAUGCUGAGCAGUACGAAUGGUAUUGCAACAUCUGUCAUAAAGGUUGAAGGAAUGGACAAAGACUUUGAAAGUGCUAUGGAAGAUUCUGAGAACCUCAACUGUUCAUUGUCUCACAGUCCAAACUGUGCUCUGACCCCUGUAGUGAAACUAGAAGCCAAUGAAGAUUGUUCGGUGCUGAAUCUACCACAAGACCAUAGACAUGAUCAGGAUAAAACUCUUGUGGAUACCAAUCUUCAUGACACCAUGCCAUAUCUGAAACUGGAAAAUGCCCAAAUGUUUUCACAUGCAGCAAGUAUGCUUAACUAUCCCAGUAACAUGGUUCCCAGUUCAAGUGCCAUAUCCACUUCUGUAGUGGUUAAAACAGAACCAAAAAAUUUGUAAUUACUGUAGAAAAAAAAUCUUUGUAUCUUUCACAUAUGUUGGGUCCUUGUUUGUCCUGUUAUAAUCAUUCUGGCAGAUUGUAAAUAAGCAGUUAGUGAUUUAUAAUCUAAGUCAGAAUAUUUAAUACUGUAUCUAGGCUACCAUUCAAUUACAAUUUGCAAUAAUGUCAUUUUACAUCCAUGUGUCAACAUCUGUAAAAUAAUCAAGGGACAUCCAGGCUGCAAUAAUUUUGUCAAAUUUUGAUGAAAAAUCAAAAUUUCACACUCUGCUUCUUCUGAAGCCCACUUUUCCUGCUGCCUUUUGUUGUACUAGAAAUAAUUAAGAUUGGUCUUGAGCUAAAUCUGUUUUUACCCAAGUGCCACAGAGGUGAAUCCUGAGGUAAAAGUUGUAAAUGUUAAGUUGAACUGCUGAAAUGCAAAGGUAGGUUGUCUUCAAACCUGACGAGCAUGGAGCUGGUAACUAGUGGAGCAUUGCACUGGCAGGUCAUUGGUUGGGUUAUUGCAUCCUGCAUGGAUUUCAGAGGUAUCACAAAUUCAAGUUGAACUGAGAGUUGAGAUUGCACUUGGUGUGUUAAGGCGAAUGCAAUUCAGUUUCAUUCUGUUUGCUUUGACACAGAUUUCAAUCAUUGGAGAUGUGCCCAGAAUUGAAUGAGCCAUAAAUCCCAAAUAUUUUCCCAUAGCCUUCUAUUUGGUGUGUUGAGUCACUGGUACUUUAUUCCUAUUUGUGAGCUUUUUUCCCCCAAAUUCCCCUGACCCUGGAUAAGUAGCAUUCAAAUCCAACUUCAAAAGCAUAAUCUGGGCUAGUCCUCAUACGACUAAACCUUUUAGACAAUAUAUCCUAUUUAUAUUUUGUACCUUUGCAGAAAACCUAUUUAAGGAACUUUUAGAUUUCUUGCCUGCAAUUUGAUGUAAACCAGAUUUAGAAAAUAAUAUUGAAUGUAAUUUUAGGUCACCAUAAACAUGGUGCUAACAAACCACAAGAUGAAAAUUUUAUAUCUGAAUUGUUAAUGCCUUGUAGGUUCAUUGCAGAAUGAUAUAUUUUUCAUAUAUGUAAUAUGAAGAAAAUUCUUCAGGAAAAAUGUGAACUGGGAUAUUUUAUAAAUGGUGGGAUUAUUUUCCAAACAAAAAUAUUGUAAAUAUUUAUCUUUGAUAUUACAAAAAAGGCUACAGUUGCUGAGGUGUAUUAUUUCCUCUUGUGCUCUGCUUUGUUUUUGACAAAAUUCUUUUUGUGUUGUAAGUGGGGAUUUGCUUUAGUUCUGUUUUCAUUCAGGCCAAUGUGGAUAUGGCAGACUCUUAAAGAAAAAUGUCAUGUGGUAGUGAGAUUUCUUUAAAAGAAAUAAAAACCUUUUUAUUUUACAAAUUAUAUAAUUAGACUGGUGAUUUUUUUUUUAAGAAAAUAAUUUUAAUGUAAAGAGAACCACUGAAUUCCCUAAGGAAGUUUUAGUCAAAACUCAGAAUUAAUUCCUGCUGCCUUACUGUCACUUCAGUGAUUGGGUGCAGUGGUAGGUGUAAGAGACUGCUGCUUACAGUUACAGAAUGGAGGGAAAAUUUUGACAACAUUUAGCUUCUUUUAUUCUGCUGUUCAGCAGAAGCAUGAAAGUCAAGUAAUCUAAAGAGGAGACAGGAAACAUGCUAAAAUAUAUGUACCAGCCUAUAACCUUUAAAAUAAAUUGUAUUGCUCAGGCUUUGUGCCUUCAAGGACUAGUAUCUGCAGUUUAAUCAGUAACCAAGUGGUGAUCCUGGUCCGGAGCAUGCCUAACUCCAAAGCCACGUGACAUACUCUGAUCGAGUUGCAAUUGUGUGAAAUUUGAUGUUAGCGUUGAAUCAACUCACUCACUGUUCAACAUCCUUACACUCCCCAGUUGACUUCCUAUGCAAUCUUGUACCUGAAUUUAUGAUUAAAUAUCCAUUUUGAUCCAGUAUCUUUGAUGCAUUAAUCUAGGAUUGGUGUGGACAGGGUGGGCAAUGGUCUCCUUGACCAAUCACAUUGAAAAAUCCUUUAGGGGCAAGAUAAUUCUAAACAAUUAGAACAUUGAAUUCAACAUUCAUUCAAAGAAAGUCCCAUCUGGUUUUCCCAUCAAGGAGAGAGAAAAGAUUUUAAAACUGAAGGAACGUUGUUGCAUACUUGUAAAAGUUAAUGCUCUGUGCCAGACAAGUUGUUCAGCUGUAAUUAAUACUUACCACAGUGUUAAAAUGCAAUUAAAUUUGAACAGACGUGGUCUA